AUGGCCGACGAAAGCCCCCGCAGCGCCGUCAUCGACGAGACGUCCAUCUCCCCCGUCCGCCCCAACAACCUGGUGCGCCAGAACUCGCUGGAGAAGCACCUGCAGCAGCGCCCGGAUCCGCAGGAGCUGAAGGAUCGCCACAUCCUGCUGGAUACGAGUGCCGCUCCAGCACUGCAAUCCGCAGCCCACGACCUCGAGCGCCAGCGCGCAACGGAUAGCCUGAAGAAAGGUCUCGAGAAGCGCCCGCAGCGUGAGGAUCUCGUGGAGCGUAACAUCCUCCCCGACUCGACCGCCGCCCCAGCCAUCGUGGGCCAGCAGCGCGAACUCGAGAAGAACAUGCUGGCCGAUAGCCUGAACGAGAAGAUCCUGCACCGUCCCAAGCCAGCCGACCUCAUCAAGGAGGGCAUCUUGAUCGAGGACCCGACGACGAUGGAGCUGGACCAGGCGGCGAGGGAUAAGUUGUACGAGGAGCGCAUGGAGGACGAGUAUGCGAAGCGGGAGGGCGGUGCUUGA